GUUUUCCGAUUCCACUAAAAUAUCUGUUAUUAGGUUUCGUUUCGUUUUGUUUCAUAAGAUCGAUCGAUUAUAGAAAAUUAUCGUGGCUAUAAAAAAUUCCCCAGUGUUUUUUGUCUUCCUUUCAUGCAAAGCAAAUAAAACUCUUCUUCUCUGUUUUUUUAUCUGUCUCUGUCUCUCGAGCUGGCUCUGGUCUACUAUCAUCACAGUGAUUCUGCAUGUUUCAGAGAUUCUCAAAGAUUGACAUAAGCUACAUGCAUGGUCUUGAAAUCAGCCUAUGAGAGUAAGGUUUAGUGACCAGUGAGGUGUCUUCUUGUUCUCUGUUCUUGAGAGAACACAAAGGCAGAUUAGAUUAUGGAACAUGGUUUGCCGUCUAUGAAGUCAAUCAAAUCAUUGAAGUCACUUGUUAAGAAAAGAAACAAUGCUCAAGAAGUGAGUAAACCAGGGUGGAAAAUGAAGCCCUUUUUGGCUCUCAUGUGUACAGUACUUUUGAUCUUUUGGUAUAAGACCACAAACAUUCAGUUCGAACAGACAGAGCUAGAAGAAGCAGAUUAUCCGUUUGACAUGGCAACGGAAUCUAAAACAGUCGAUGAGAAAUUAAAAGGCUUGCCGCGUGGUAUCAUACAGCCAAGAUCGGACCUCGAAUUAAAGCCUCUCUGGUCUAGUAGUAGUUUGAGGUCAAAGGGUGUCGAUAUGACUAACCGUAACUUGUUGGCAAUGCCCGUGGGAAUUAAACAAAAGGUUAAUGUUGACGCCAUAGUAAAGAAGUUUCUUCCAGCGAAUUUCACGGUUGUUCUUUUUCAUUACGAUGGAAAUAUGGAUAAAUGGUGGGAUCUGGAGUGGAGUUCAAAGGCCAUACAUAUAGUUGCGCAGAACCAGACUAAAUGGUGGUUUGCGAAAAGAUUUCUACAUCCGGAUGUUGUAUCCAUUUAUGAUUAUAUUUUUCUUUGGGAUGAGGAUCUUGGAGUAAAGAAUUUCUCACCAGAGAGGUAUUUGAAGAUAGUUAAAUCACAGGGAUUUGAGAUAUCUCAACCGGCUCUGGACUCAAACUCCACUGAAAUCCACCAUAAAAUUACACUCCGUUCUCGAACAAAGAAAUUUCACAGGAGAGUUUACAUCAAUAGAGGCAGUAAAAGGUGCUCCAAUGCUAGCGAAGAUCCUCCUUGCACAGGAUUUGUUGAAGGAAUGGCUCCUGUGUUUUCAAGAGCUGCUUGGUUUUGCACUUGGAAUCUUAUACAGAAUGAUUUGGUUCAUGGAUGGGGAAUGGAUAUGAAACUCGGGUAUUGUGCACAGGGAGACAGGACGAAGAAGGUAGGGAUCGUGGAUAGCGAGUAUAUAUUUCAUCAAGGCAUUCAAACUUUAGGUGAAAGUGUACAUUCUGAGAAGAAGGCCACAGCUCGUGAUGUUGGGACUAGCAGACGUGGCCACACAACAUUUGAUUCGAGAACCUCGAUAAGGAGGCAGUCAACAUGGGAGCUUCAGACUUUUAAAGAACGAUGGAACAGAGCGGUAGAAGAAGACAAGAACUGGAUCGAUCCAUCGUCAUCAAGCUCGAAGACGAAGCAGAAGAGUAAUGUUAAUAACAGAAGAUUAAGGCGUGGUAGUUCUCACCGUUUAAAGCAUAAGAGAGCUCAAGAGACAGCAACAGCAUAACUGCAUAACCCACACAUAUAGCAAAAAGAAGGAUUUUUUAUUUUAUUUUUUAUAUACACAUUUAGAAUUCUUUCUUUAUGUAAUUAGUUAGCAUUAUUAAAUUUAUUAUAUUAUACUUUUCCUCAA